AUGAGGUUAACAGUUUCUCCCCGCUUUGAGCAAUUCGGCUCGGUCCAGAUUCAUGAGACCCAGCGCGUUAUAGAGUUGGACGCUGGGUCUGGAUGCAGUACCGCAUCCAGCCUGACAGUCUCCAGGGACGCAUUGCUGGCAAUCGAAUCAAAGAUGGCCAUUAUUAUUCUGUGCAUGAACGAAGAGUUCAAGACUCUCGAGUCGGUCUUUUCGGGCAUACCCCACGACUGCUUUAUCAUUCUGGUUUCCAACAGUAGCCGAUCACGGGUUGACAAAUACCAAACGGAAGUCUCCAUUCUCCAAGCGUUCUGCCGUAAUACAGACCGCAGUGCCAUUGCGAUCCACCAAAAAGACCCGGGGGCGGCCAAGGCAUUCAACGCCGCUGGAGUGCCGGAUUUGAUCGCCACUGACGGCCUAGUCCACAGCGGCAAGGGCGAGGGCAUGGUUAUGGGCAUGGCUCUGGCUGCAUUAAUGGACCGCGAAUAUAUCGGUUUCAUAGAUGCUGAUAACUACAUUCCUGGGUCCAUCCUAGAAUACUGCAAGGCCUAUGCCGCGGGGUUUCACUUGGCGAAGGUGGAGGACGCCAUGAUUCGUGUAUCUUGGAGUUCGAAGCCCAAGGAGCGUAAUGGUCGGCUCAUGUUCGACCGCAAGGGGAGAAGCUCACGGGUUGUGAACGAGUGGUUGAACAAGCUUCUUCAAGAGUUUUCAGGCUACGGCACCGACUGUAUCACCACAGGGAAUGCAGGCGAGCACGCCAUGACCAUGUCACUAGCCAAAAAACUCAGGAUGGCCGGUGGGUUUGCCGUCGAACCUUACCAGUAUCUGUUUCUACUUGAACAGCUCGGCGGCCAGCUCGAACAGAAAGUGGAGGAAGAUUUUUUAUCGCAGACAUCUGAGAUACAUAUUCUUCAGGUUGAGACACGCAAUCCUCACUUACACGACAACAAAGGAGACGAGCAUGUGAGCGGCAUGCGCGCUCAGGCACUCAACAUGCUGUAUCACUCGAAGAUCGUCCCGGAUUUGAUGAAAGCCACCUUGCUGAAGUGGAUGGAGGACGAGAAGUUAUUGGAACGUGGUCAUACUCCACCUACGGAGAGAGUCUACCCAUCUAUUGACUCCUUGAACAUGAAUUCUCUUCGUGACAUUUUGAGCAAGGAAGCGGAGAGCCUGAAAACCCUAUCAUGUCACGAAGCGAUUGAUGGCCCAUUUUCGAACUUCAUCGGCUAA